GCGUUCGGGUCUUGUCAAGGCGGGAUAUUGGGAUGACACAUACACGUGUUCGCGAUGGACCAUAAGACCAACGCGGCGCUAUAUCUCUUCCAUUUUCGAAGCGAUGAGUCACCCUCGUAGGUAGAGAGUUCACGGAAGUUGAUCAGUCCGCGUGUACGAGUCUUCAAGAAUAGGGUACGAUCAUACAUCCGGCCAGUUGGUAGGAUGUCAAGCACGACGAUCGGUGCUCCGUAGAACUCGCAUUUCCGCUAAGUGAACCGGAAGCCUGUGAUUACGUUCCGUUCGACGAAGGUCGGAUAGAACACGUGUUACACCAGUUGCAGUCAACCUCUUAACUCUAAAACAAAAUUUAAACGCUAGAAAAUUUCUGGAACAAAAUUCGCUCUUGUAAAUAAAUCAUUUCCUGACGAAGAACAUGUAAAUAUAUUCGCCUCGUCGGUGAACAUUAACUCCGUUAUUUUGCGAAAGUUUGUUACAAUUGUCAAUUAAGAGGUACCAACAGCUGAACGUCAAUCGAUAGGCUCAGUGGGUUACGAGGUAUUUUCGGACUUGGCACGAACCUCAGCCGCGAGAGUAGAGACCUGUUCUACUCGUCGGAUGAUCAUUCCGGAUUAUUGAUAGUCUUGAUAGGAAAAUGUUUAUCAAAUACGCGGAGCUGUUUCUCGACGAGGGCUACGCCUCGGAUUCGCAAAACGUCCAGAGGCUGGCCGAAUACGAGAGGUACCUCGGCCAGGAAGCAAGGAGCGUGGUGGAGAACGGAAACGGCAGCGUCAGCAGUGGAGCCGUUCUCCAGCGCGGCCAGCUCGAGGGUGACCUGCACCGGAUCCAGGAGCUCUUCCCUGGGGACAAUCUACGCCUGCACGAGCGGGAUGUCCUAACAACGAAAAUGAAGAGCCUCAUACGGAAAAGGAGCGGCGGAAACACGGGGAGGCUGACCAGAGUCCUCUCCCAGAAGUCCUUGAAUGCCGUUAACAACGUGCCUGCCCCGAAAUCACCCCCGAGGACGUUCCUCCUGGAAACGCCUGUCCAGUUUACCACGGGAAUGCAGUCGCAGGAGAGGCACCUCUUCCUCUUCACGGACCUCCUGCUGAUCGCGAAGGCUAGAAGUGGCGGCAACUUCAAGCUGAAGCAGUCGGUACGAAUGAGCGAACUUUGGCUUACGGCUGGCCAUAUCGAGGAGGUCGCCGAAUCGAACAAAUCUCAGGAAACGAGCUUCGUCCUUGGAUGGCCAACCACGAACGUCGUGGCAACCUUCAUGACUGCAGCAGCGAGGGAUUUGUGGUGGGGAAGACUCACCGAACUCGUCCGCGAAGAGAGCAUGAAGGAACCUCCAGACACGAACAUCCAGGUCGUGUACCACGACAACGAGACGAACACCGAAUACUGCAAGACGAUAAUGGUGGGCUCCGAGAUGACGGCAGCCGCGUGUGUCAACUUAGCAACUCGACUGCUGGACCUCCAGGGACCUUUUCAACUUUGGGCGAGGACGUCUUCCGAAGAAGCCCCUUACCCUCUUAUUGGCCAUGAAAGACCCUUCGCCGUCAAGCUGUCGAAUUUACGACAUACCCUUUCUGCAGAAGAGGGCUUCGACCUCGAGCACUGCAACAAGAGCGGCCACGACAAUUGUCACUUCAUUCUCAGGCCGGUUCUCAAGUCACCCGUGAAGAAGAACAAGUCGAAGAUCACCGGUUUGCUGAGAAGAUCCCUCUCUCUCAACCCGAACAUUUUUGGCGUUAAUUUAUCUCGCCUGGAUGAGAAUGGAUUGCCGAAACCGGUGCUGAUGAUGCUGCAGCAGUUGUUCGCCAAAGGUCCCUUCACGCAGGGGAUUUUCAGGAAAUCGGCCAAUGUCAGGAUCGUUCGUGAACUACGAGAUCAGAUCGAGUCGACUGGUGAUCCGAGCUGUCUAGAAGAUGCUCCCAUUAUCGCCGUUGCCGCUCUUCUUAAGGACUUCUUGCGAUCCUUGCCGGAUCCUUUACUUACUUCGCAUCUCUUCCCAUUAUGGAUGGCGAGUCUUGGAGCGGCAAAUCCCGUACAGACGAUGAAGAGUAUUUUAGAUAGACUGCCGAAAGCGAACUAUACCCUGUUGUCGCACCUGAUCUGCGUGCUGCAUCACGUGGCGAGGCGAUCGAAACACAAUUUAAUGUGCGCCAGUAACCUAGGAGUUUGCUGCGGACCGAGUUUGCUGUGGCCUCCAAAUCCUUCGGUAGACCGAAGUCGAGACAUCCCUACCUUGACCGAAAUGCUGAUUCGUCACUGCGAAGCUCUUUUCGGCGAAGGCGUUACUCAGCUUCUCGGAGAAGAGCGGAGCGACAGCGGAGCCGAGGAAAGCACCGACAGUUUGCACUCAGGUGGGCUUUCGUUGGACAGCCUCGACCUGACGGAGCCACCCCGGAAGGACCACAUGUCCCUGUCUCGUGACUCCGGUCUGACCCUUUCAGACUGCCAGCUCUUCAUCCCAGAAUCACCUGUGGGCUCCGAAGACUCAGCAGUGAACGCCUCCUCCUCCAGUUUCGACAAGCCUCUCGUGAAAGAGGACAAAUCGAACGGCAAAGCGUACAUUCGUGUCUACGGAGGCUGGGAAGAAAGAAUAAAUUCAUACACGGCAACGUCGAACCAUCCAAGCUCCAUGGAACAUGGUUUUAGAGAGGAGAAGGUCACCAAUGGCAACGGGUGCUAUCCUAAUCCAAACUUCCAACGACAAGAUUGGCUCAGAGCGCAGCUGAAGAGGACACCUAGGACGAAACUGGACGAGCACGAGCAACGAGGAAAAGAGAGGUUCGACGAGAAAGACCUGUACGGUAGGGAGUACCUCAGACAAGACUCCAUGAAAGAGAACGUGGAAAACUGCAAGGACCUCUUCAGGUCGCAGAUGGACGUGUCCAGGGACCUACGAACCGAAUACGAGCGAUCCUCCCAGGCAGACACCUGUGCCGAGAGGGUGUCCAUCCACGACUCCGAGCAAGAUUCCAGUGGAGGUUCCCCAAUGUCCGCGGACAGGUACGAGUUCAAGAAAGACCGCUUCAGCGAGUUCAAGAAGGUCAAGUCCGAGGUCUACGUCGGCAGCAGAGAGUCGCCGGUCUCGCAGAACGGCAGUUAUCAUUCCAGUGGGGAUCUCUACGAGUUCAAAAAGGUGAAGAGCGAGAUCUACGUCAGCAAAGACUCCAGGACAGAACGCUACGAGCACGAGAAGUCGGAUGGGAACAUUUAUGGGAACCGAGAUACGGUCAAUGACGUCUAUAGUUCCAGGGAGCGGAGCGAUCUGUACUCCUUUAAGCAAGCCGAGGCGAUAGAUGUCUUUGGGGACGAAGAAGACGACGAAGACGCCGAGAGGACGUGGCCCGAUACCCCUCCACCUCUGCCGCCGAGGCUCAGGCAUCUGCCACCUGUUCACAUGAGCCUCGAAGACAGGCACAAGGUUGCUGGAAGGUCCAGGUCCCUCCCGCCGCCUCCACCUUAUCGACCUCCACCUCAGCCCAGGGCGCCUAUCACGACGAGACACCUGGGGUACACCAGGUCCGUCGUCGACGAUGAGAGCUAUGUCUGAAAACACGACGGACCGGGUCGACCGACUUCCUGGAUAAUCAAAGAGCCGAGUCGUAGCCGAGACACCGACAGUUCUUCAGAGCUUACUAGGUGGAACUCGUGAUCUCGGUGUGACUAAAACUAGUCGAAGCAAAUGAACUGUUAGUACGAGCUGUCUACUGUCGGAGACCUCUCCGCAAGGUCGUCGUCGAAGCGCAGCGCAAGGUGUCGAGGAUUUAGAUCCAACUAUUCUAUGUAUAUUUCCUUCAAUCAGACACGGAUCUAGAAACGGGAUGGAACGAAACUAGCUAUGCGGAUGUGGCGUCGUUUCGCUGGUACCAUUGUGUUGUCAGCAUCAAGAGACGCUCUCGUCGAACGAUCUUAUAGCGGUUAUUCAGUGAUUCAGGGUGCUUCCAGCCUUAACGCAUAAGUCGUUAGAUAUCCAUAUAGAGACGCUACGGUUAAGACUAGAUAAGACUAUAAAGCGCGAACAUAUGACAAGACUCGAGUCGAGGCGAUGUAUAAGUAGGAAUUGUAAUUUGAAUAAUGUGUCCGAAGUGUUCUCGCGAUUGUUCUCCUGCUACAUUUGGCCGUAAUUGUCAAAAGGAAAUUAGUCUUAGUGUUGCCGCUGUUGAUCGACCAAAAAUUAAGUAAUACCUCCGGGAUCGAGUGCUUACAUUUCGCCGAUCGAGAGACGAGAAAACGUUACCACUUGUAGAGAAAAGAAAAAUGGAAUAGGUCGUUUUUUUUUUAAUUCGUUUGCGUCGAUGGCUUUAUAUUUAGGAGCCUACGAAGUAAAUGUCUCGCGAUUUCAAGACCGACUGUUGGAAUUAUUUUUGUUUAAUAUAUGGUAGAGUAAAGUCAGAGGACAUGUUUUAGAAUUCGCAGUGUAGUUCUCUUCGACAAAGCAUUCUACGUUUUAAAUGGUCGAAUCGAGAGUUCCUGGAGUAGCCUCAUUUCGGAAAUUAACGUUAUCCCUCGUUUCGCAGAGGUCGGUCGAAUCGAUUUAAGAGCAGUCUCUCGUAUAACAAAACAUGACACUAAUAAUUACCUAACAGUUGUAACUUAAUUUAUAGGUAUAGCACGUACAGACAUUGUUGUAGAAACGAUCGCACGCUGAUCGCAUGGAUGAAGCCAAGUGCGAUAUUAUCUUAGCGAGUACGAUAGCAAGAGGAUUGCCUCUAAGAUUUUUAAUUCUUUGUACAUAAUAUAUCUGUAAACUUUUAUAUCGCUGAAUUUAUAAACGUAAAAAUAUACAUUACACGAUGCCACUAAAAUAAUAUGUAUACUUAUACCUAAAUUAUAUAUGACGAAACUAUUGAAGUAAAUAUAUUUCCUAUUUUAUACA